AUGAAUUGUGCUAAAUUUUCUCUGUCGCAUCGUCGAUUCGUGGCUGCAGUAACUACAGGGAUUGAACCAACCAGUUUUAAAGAGGCAAUGCAGCAUUCAUAUUGGCGUGAGGCAAUGAGAAAGGAGGUUGAGGCUCUAGAGGAUAAUGGGAUAUGGACAGUUGCUACUUUGCCUAUGGGAAAGAAGGCUCUUGGUAGUAAAUGGGUCUACAAAAUCAAGUAUCAUACAGACGGAACAAUCGAGCGAUACAAGGCACGCUUGGUUGUUUUCGGGAAUUACCAGAUCGAGGGUCUUGAUUAUACUGAGACGUUCGCACCUACUGCAAAAAUAGUCACGGUUCGUACCUUCUUGGCAGUAGCAGCGAUCCGUGCGUAG